AUGGCCCACGCGCGGGCGCGGCCGCGCCCACGUCAGCACAUCCAAGUCCUCGUCGCCGCCGCCAUGCUUCUCCUUUCCUCCGCCCUCUUCACCACCGCACGCUUCCCACUCGCCGUCUCCGCCCGCCUCCCAAACCCUACCACCACCACUCGCCUCCUCCUCUUCGCCGGCCUCCCUUCCUCCUCCCCACUCCGCGCCUUCUGCCCCAGGGCGCGGCCCUCGCCCGCCACCUGCGCCGCCUUCUCCUCCACCAUGGCCGCCGCCGACAACCCCCUCCUCGUCGCCGACUUCGACUUCCCGCCCUUCGACCGCGUCGAGCCCAGCCACGUCCGCCCCGGCAUCCGCGAACUGCUCACGCGACUCGAGGGCGAGCUCGAGGAGCUCGAGAAGGGCGUCGAGCCCACGUGGGGGAAGCUUGUCGAGCCGCUCGAGCGCAUCACCGACAGGCUCGAGGUCAUCUGGGGCAUGGUCGAUCACCUCAAGGCUGUUAAGGACUCCGCCGAUCUCCGCGCCGCCGUAGAGGAAGUGCAGCCCGACAAAGUCAAGUUCCAACUAAGGCUGGGGCAGAGCAAGCCUAUCUAUGAAGCUUUCAAGGCCAUCAGGAACUCUUCCGAUUGGGACAGUCUCAGUGAUGCUCGCAAGCGUAUAGUCGAAGCUCAAAUAAAGGAAGCUGUUCUCAGUGGAGUUGCACUUGAGGAUGAACAAAGGGAGAAAUUUAACCAAAUUGAACAAGAGCUUGAAAAACUGACACAAAAGUUUAGCGAAAAUGUGCUGGACGCCACAAAGAAAUUUGAGAAAUUAAUUACUGAUAAGAAAGAAAUUGAGGGGUUACCUGCUACAGCCCUUGGUUUAGCAGCACAGACUGCUGUGUCAAAGGGCCAUGAAAAUGCUACAGCUGAAAAUGGACCUUGGGUUAUCACGUUGGAUGCACCAAGCUAUAUCCCUGUUAUGCAACAUGCUCAGAACAGAGCGCUCCGGGAAGAAGUUUAUCGUGCUUAUCUUACCCGUGCCUCUAGCGGUGAACUUGAUAACACCAAUAUCAUCUCCCAAGUUCUAAAGUUAAGGCUAGAGAAGGCUAAACUUCUUGGCUACAAGAACUAUGCUGAGGUAAGCAUGGCUCAGAAAAUGGCAACUGUUGAGCGAGUAGAAGAGCUUCUCGAGAAGCUGCGUGCUGCUUCCUGGGGUCAUGCUGUCAAAGAUAUGGAAGAUCUAAAAAUCUUUGCAAAAGAUUCUGGUUCUCCUGAAGCUAAUGAUUUGACUCACUGGGACCUUACCUUCUGGAGUGAACGACUGAGAGAGUCUAAAUAUGAUAUCAAUGAGGAAGAGCUGCGCCCUUAUUUUGCACUACCCAAGGUUAUGGAUGGCCUCUUCACUCUGGCACAUAAGCUUUUUGGAGUUACUGUUGAACCUGCAGAUGGGCUGGCUCCUGUCUGGCACAGUGAUGUCAAAUUUUAUUGUGUCAAAGACUCUUCCAAUAGCCCUGUUGCUUACUUUUACUUCGAUCCUUAUUCAAGACCAUCUGAAAAGCGCGGAGGGGCUUGGAUGAAUGUGGUCUUUUCUCGAAGUCGCGUGCUAGCUCGCAAUGGUUUGGCUGCUAGGCUUCCUGUUGCCCAUAUGGUGUGCAAUCAGACUCCACCAGUUGGUGAUAAGCCCAGUCUUAUGACCUUCCGUGAGGUUGAAACUGUGUUCCAUGAAUUUGGUCACGCCCUUCAGCAUAUGCUUACUAAACAAGAUGAAGGCUUUGUUGCUGGUAUUCGUGGAGUUGAAUGGGAUGCUGUAGAGUUACCCUCCCAAUUCAUGGAGAACUGGUGUUAUCACAAGAAUACUCUUUUGAGCAUUGCAAAGCAUUACGAAAACGGUGAAACUCUUCCAGAGGAAAUUUAUGCGAAGCUUGUAGCUGCAAAGAAUUUCCGUGCUGGCACCUUCAGCCUGCGCCAGAUACGAUUUGCCAGUGUAGAUAUGGAACUUCAUACAACUUAUGAUCCCAAUGGCUCACUGUCCAUAUAUGAUGUUGACCGAAGAGUUGCAGAACGAACACAAGUUCUUGCUCCUCUGCCGGAGGACAGAUUCCUGUGCAGCUUUAGCCAUAUUUUUGCAGGUGGCUAUGCUGCUGGAUACUACAGUUACAAGUGGGCUGAAGUAUUAUCAGCUGAUGCAUUCUCAGCUUUUGAAGAUGCUGGUUUGGAUAAUGAGAAGGCAAUUGAGGAAACUGGCAGACGGUUCAGAGAUACUGUUCUUGCGCUUGGAGGUGGAAAAUCUCCGCUUGAGGUGUUUGUUUCAUUCCGAGGACGGGAGCCUUCACCUGAACCACUUCUUAGGCACAACGGCUUGCUUCCUGUUGCUGCGUAG